AUGGGGCCGCUUCAGACAUGCCCCCCCUCCUUGCCCCCUUCCUCCUCCUCCUCCCUCCUCCCCUCCCUGCCCCUCCCGCCCCUACCCUCCUUCUCUGCCCCAACGCCAUUCAAUCACCUGGCGCGUGCCAGCGGCUCGGGUGCCCUGUACGUGGGGGCCGUGAACGCCCUGUACCAGCUGACGCCGGAGCUGGGGCUGGCGGGGCGGGCGCGGACCGGGCCGGAACUGGACAGCCCCGAGUGCCUCCCUUCCGGGACCCCCGGGACUGCCCCAAGCCGCCCCACGGACAACGCCAACAAACUGCUGCUGCCCAACGAGGGGGCCGGGAGCUGGUGGUCUGCGGCAGCUGGCCCAGGGCUGUGCGAGAAGCGGGCGCUGGCCGACGUGGGCCGGCUGUGCCCGAGAGAGCCGGGCGACAGCCAGUGUGCGGCCAACGAGCCCCGGGUCUCCACGGUGGGCGUGCUGGGGCGGCAGGCCGGGCGGGACCUGCUCUUCGGGCGCGGGCUGACGGGGAAGCUCUCGGGCGGGAUCCCGCCCGUCACCAUCCCCCUGGUGGGGCCCGGCGCCUUCUCCAGCGAGGGGAUGGGCAAGCUGGGUGGCGACUUCUCCGACUACAACAGCAGCUACGCGGGUGCCUACGCGCCGGGGCACGUCUACCUGCUCUUCUCCCGCCGGGGCGCCAAGGCCCAGCUCGACUAUCGCCCCUUCCUGGCCCGUCUCUGUGCCGGCGACCUGCACCUCUUCUACACCGAGGUGCCGCUGGAGUGCCGGGACCCCGGGCACCGCUACAAACCUGGCCCGGGCCGGGCAGCUGGCCCGGCUCCCGCCCCCCCGGGGGGAUGUGCUCUUCGUGCUGGCGGCCGUGGGACAGGGGGCCACGGCCGCCCCCAGCCGCAGACGGCCCUGUGCGUUCCGCUGGCCCAGCUGGACGCCGCCGUGGAGAGGACGCGCCGGGCGUGUUACACGGCGGGGGGCCGGGGGCCGGGGGGCCGGGAGGAGGCGGCCAUCGAGUACGGGGUGACGUCCCGCUGUGCCCAGCUGCCCAAGGAGUCCCCGGACGUGUACCCCUGCGGAGACGAGCACACCCAGCCCAUUGCUGGCCGCGUGGCUGUGGAAGCCGGCGCCCUGGUGACUGGGCUACCAAUGCUCACGGCCGUGGUGGCGACGGUGGAGGCCGGACACACCAUCGCCUUCCUCGGAGAGGUGGGGCAGCUGCACAAGGUGUAUCUCAACUCCUCCGUGGGGCAGGUAUACAGCACCGUGCGCCGGCCAGCACUCCCCGUCAGCCCCGAUCUCCUCCUGGACGGCAACGGGACCCACCUCUACGCCAUGACGGACUCCCAGGUCACCCGGGCCGUCUCCGAGUGCCCCCGCUUCCAGGACUGCGCCACCUGCCUCCGUGCCCGGGACCCUUUCUGCGGCUGGUGCGUCCUGCGGGGCCGGUGCACCCGCAAGCUGGAGUGCGAGCGCAUCGGGGCAGCCGACCAAUGGCUGUGGAGCUACGGGGCCAGCAGCCAAUGCCUGCGUGUCGAGAGGGUGACGCCGGCCAAUCAGAGCCGUGAGGAGCAGACGGAGGUGUUGCUGUGGGUGCCCCGGCUGCCCCCCCUGGCUGAGGGCGAGAGCUACCUCUGCGCCUUCGGGGAGCAGAUCAGCCCCGCCCUGCGGCGGGACGCGUGGGUCCACUGCCGCUCGCCACCCAGCCCCCAGGUGCCGCCCAGCCAGGAGGGCAAAGAUCACGUGUCCCUGGCGCUGUCCCUGAUGUUCGAGGACGUGGUGGUGGCGGCGACUGACUUCUUCUACGACUGCAGCGCGGUGAGCGCCUGGCGCGCUCCUGCCCGUGCGGCGGGUGCGUGGGCAGCCCCUGGCCCUGUCACUGGUGCCCGGGGAGUCACCGCUGUGUCCCGGGCGCGUCCUGCCCCCACGGCGAAGGGACCAUCUACAACCAGAACGGUGGGGGAGGGGGAAGGGGACCCAGGCGUCCAUGACAGCCCCCCCAGUGCUUCCCUCCAGUUGUUCCCCCAGUCUAACCCCCUCUUGUCCUCAGGUCCAGGAGGGGGGCCCCUGGGGCCCGGAGGUCUGCCCGAGCCUGGGGGGCGUCGAGGGGUCCCUCCUGGUGCCCGUGGGGGUGACCGUGCCCCUGAGCCUGGCAGCCCACAACCUGCAGCUUCUGGGGGACCCGUUGCCAGCGUUACGCUGCGUGGGAGGUGGGGGGGGGGGCACCUGUGUCGGUGGAGGCGUCGCUGGACGAGGAGGGGGGGGGGCCCAGCGGGUUCGGUGCCGUCCCCAUGCCUACAGCUACUCCCUGCCCCCCCUGAGCUCCCAGCCCCACUCUACGUCACCGUGGGGGGCACAGGGCGCCUGGACAACUGGGGGGACCUGCACGUGACCCUCUACAACUGCUCUGUGGGUCGGGCCGACUGCAGCCACUGCCUAGCAGCCCCCCCGGAGCUGGGCUGUGUCUGGUGCCAGCCAGGGGGGGGCUGGCUGCCGCUACCGGGACCUCUGCCCCCCCCGGCACCGCCGAGCCCCUCUGCCCCACCCCCAUCAUCCAGGCGGUGUUGGGCUUGGGGGUGCUGGGCCGGGGGUAACUUUGCCUCCCCCCAGAUCCAGCCCCACAGCAGCCCUCUGGAGGGGGGCGUCCCCCUCACCAUCAUGGGCUCCAACCUGGGCCGGCGCCUGGCAGACGUGGGCUCGGUGCGGGUGGCCGGCCGGCCCUGCGCCCCCCGCCCCCCCCUCUACCGCGUCUCCACACGGAUCGUGUGCCGGGUCUCUCCAGGGCAGAGGGGCGUCUCCGGCCCUGUUGAGGUCACCGUGGGGGACCGGCCCCCUGGCGUCUCUGCUGAUCACUUCACCUACCAGGACCCCACCCUGCAGGAGUUGCACCCCGGAUGGGCCCAUAGCAGGGGCACCCGGCUGACCAUCCUAGGAGAGGAGCUGCUGACAGGCGACCAGAUCGCAGUCUUUGUGGGAGACCUGCCUUGUACCAUAGUAGCCCCCGUGGAGCCCACGGCCAUCGUCUGCGUGACCAGCCCCAGCCCAGAGCCGCGGGAGGCAUCCGUGCGGGUCCUGUACGGACAGACAGAGCGCCACCUGCAGGGGGGUACCUUCGCCUACACCCUGAACCCCAACAUCACCGGGGCGGAGCCGGCCACCAGCUUCCGGGGGGGCGGUCGGAUCAUCCGUGGGGGCACCCACCUGGACGUGGUGCAGCAGCCUCUCAUCAAGGCCCUGCUGGUGCCAGGGGGGCCGGAUGGCAGCAGGGGGAGCAGGAGGAAGAAGAGGGGGGUGCUGGGGGCCCCCCAAGCCCUGCCGACCCCCCCGCGUCCCUGCUCCAUGGUGGGGGACCUGCUGGAGUGCUGGGAGCCCUGCUGCCCCAACUCCUCGGCGCUGAUGCUCUGCCCCACGCCGGCUGUGCCCCCCGGCGCACCUCUGCGGGACCUGCUCUUCGUGCUGGACGGGCUGCGGCUCAGCUUCGCGGUGGCCAGCGGGGGGCGCCCCUUCGCCUACGCCCCCGACCCCCAGCUGCGCUGGCUGGGCCGCGGGGCCCCCGGCGCCCCCUACAGCCUCAAGCCGGGCAACGUGCUGCAUGUGGAGGGGGACGGGCUGACCUUGGGGAUCUCCAAGGAGGAGGUGCUGGUGCGGCUGGGGGAGGGGCUCUGCGCAGUCAAGACCCUGACCCGCACCCACCUGUACUGCGAGCCCCCCCUGCGCCCCCCCCGGCCCCUCAACGCCUCCGCCGGCCUCCCCGAGUUCAUCGUGCAGAUGGGGAACCUGCGUCUGGAGCUGGGCCGGGUUCGCUAUGACACGGAGCCGAGCCCCCGCUUCCCCCCGGAGGCGCAGGUCGGGCUGGGGGUGGGGGCUGCGCUGCUGGCCUUCAUCGUGCUGCUCCUCAUCCUCAUGUACAGGCGGAAGAGCAAGCAGGCCCUGCGGGAUUACAAGAAGGUUCUGGUGCAGCUGGAGAACCUGGAGGUCAGCGUGGGGGACCAAUGCCGCAAGGAGUUCACCGACCUGAUGACGGAGAUGACGGAUCUGAGCGGGGAGCUGGAGGGCUCGGGGAUCCCCUUCCUGGACUAUGGCACCUACGCCCAGCGCAUCUUCUUCCCUGGCCAGGGAGGGGCGCCGGCACGGCGGGGGGCCGAGCUGCCUGAGUGUCGCAGGGCCACCGUGGAGCAGGGCCUGGCCCAGCUCUCCAGCCUGCUCAACAGCAAGGCCUUCCUGCUGACGCUGAUCCACGCGCUGGAGGGGCAGGCGUCGUUCUCACGGCAGGACCGAUGCCAGGUGGCCUCACUGCUGGCGCUGGCGCUGCACGGGCAGCUGGAGUAUCUCACCGACGUCAUGCAGAGCCUGCUGGGCGAGCUGGCGCAGCGCCACGUGGCCCGCAACCCCAAGCUCAUGCUGCGCAGGACGGAGACCAUGGUGGAAAAGCUGCUGACUAACUGGAUGUCGAUUUGCAUGUACUCCUACCUCCGGGAAGUGGCGGGCGAGCCCCUGUACCGGCUGUUCCGGGCCAUCAAGUGGCAGGUGGACAAGGGGCCGGUGGACGCGGUGACGGGCCAGGCCAAGCGGACGCUGAGCGACGGGCACCUGCUGCGGGAGGACGUGCCUGUCCGGCCCCUGACGCUGAGCGUGCUGCUGCGGGGAGCGCCGGGGGGCGCCGGGGGGCAGCAGGUGCCCGCCCGCGUGCUUGACAUCGACACCAUCAGCCAGGUCAAGGAGAAGAUCCUGGAGCAGGUCUACAGGGGGGUGCCCUUCUCCCAGCGCCCCCCGGCCCACGCCCUGGACCUGGAGUGGCGCUCGGGCGUGGCCGGUCACCUGACCCUGUCUGACCUGGACCUGACAUCCGUCACCCACAAUGGCUGGAAGAGACUCAACACCCUGCAGCACUACAAGGUUCCGGACGGGGCAACAGUCGGGCUGAUCCCACGGCUCCAGAACGACAUCCCCCAGAGCCCCAACCAGAGCUUCCUCUCUGGGGAGAACACCCCGAUGCUGGAGGACAGCGAGGACGGGGGGCUGCGGCUCUGGCACCUGGUGAAGCCGACGGAGGAGCCUGAGGCCCUGAAGCAGCAACAGCGUCGCAGCAGCCUGCGGGAGCGACCCACGGCCAUCCCCGAGAUCUACCUCACCCGCCUGCUGUCCAUGAAGGGGACGCUGCAGACCCUGGUGGAGGACGUGCUGCAGGCCGUGCUGAGCGUGGGCCGCCCGGUGCCCGUGGCCGUCAAGUUCCUCUUCGACCUGCUGGACGAGCUGGCCGCCCGCCACGGGGUCAGCGAGCCCGAGACCCUGCACAUCUGGAAGACCAACAGCCUCCUGCUGCGGUUCUGGGUGAGCAUCGUGCGCAACCCCCAGCUGCUGUUCGACGUCCGGGUGCCCGACAACGUGGACGCUGCCCUGAGCGUCAUCGGCCAGACCCUCAUCGACGCCUGCACCCCCGGGCAGCACAGCGUGGGGCGGGACUCGCCCGUGAACAAACUGCUCUACUCCCGGGAGAUCCCGCGCUACAAAGAGCUGGUGGAGAAGUACUACGCCGACAUUCGCCAGGCACCGCCAGCCUCCUACCAGGAGAUGAACUCGGCCCUGACGGAGCUGUCCAGGAAGUACUCCUCAGACCUGGACGGCUCGGCCGCGCUGCAGGAGCUAUACAGCUACAUCAAGAAGUACUACGACCAGAUCAGCAGCGCCCUAGAGGAGGACCCUGUGGGGCAGAAGAUGCAGCUGGCCUGUCGGCUGCAGCAGAUCGCCGCCCUGGUGGAGAACCAAGUCACCGACUUGUGACCUGGCCCCACACCUGCGCCGUGGACCCCCCACUUCCUCCCCACAUCAGCCCAGAUCUCAGGGAUCCCCCUGCGCCCCCUGCCCCCCCACUGCCUCUUCCCAUCCAGGGAUCCCCCCAGUGCCUUAUGCAAAGCUGCAGAGGGGGUUCCCUGCACCCCCAAAUCCCCACCCCCGCAAGCCCUUCGGGGUCCCCCCAGCUCCUGUCGGUAGAGGUGUAUGUCUGCCUUAGCUGCCUUCACCCUCUGGGAGGGGGUGGCUGAGAGCUGCCCCCAACCCCCCCACUGAGAUUUUGGGGGUCAGGAGCCCCCCUUUCUUCAGGCCUGGGGUCCUCCAGGCAAGUAGUGCACUAAUCUGGGGUGUCUGUAGCCACCCCCGCUUUGUACAGAGUGGUGCUAAUGACUCCUGAGAGCCCCCCUAUUUCGUACCCCUUUGUACCGGCCCAGAGCUCGGCCUUUGGAUGUAAUUUAUUUUCAGCAAUAAAAACACUUUUCAGAAA